UGGCAGUUGAUAUUGUUGUUUUUUAUAACAAAGGCUCCCACAAAAAAGUCGAUUAUCUAAAUAACGUGGACAUGUAAACGUCUUUUGUAUGAAUGUACUUAUUCAUGAACAUACAUGGAUUAACAGGACUACCGAUAUCUUAAGACAAAACAUGGAUUAUCGUCGUUUUUCGAAGGUGAUAAAACUGUAAGUUAUCCUUUACUCUUGAAAACAAGAUGGCGUCCGUAAAUGGAGCCCACGUAUCCCAUGAAGCAAUAAGUGACUUAGAUAUUUGCGUGGUUCGUAUCUUGUCUAAUACUGACUGUAUGCCAAGACAUGAGGUUACGGAACAACUAGUGCUAGAUAUUGAUGAAACUUUGUUAAAUGAAUCCAGGAAUUUGUUGUUUGAUCUUGCGAAGUUGAAGCUGUCGUUACAAUGCACGAAGGAAUACGGGCCAAUUGCCGCAAGAGGCUAUGAUCAAAUUGAAGAGGUUAAACCUAGAAAACGCACCGGUGAAAGAAAAAAUGUUAGUUUAGCAAAUGACAUUUAUGACCUCUAUUGCUAUAAAAUGGAUUAUACUGAAUCGUUUCCCAGGAACGUCACCUCUCAAGCAAGCCAUAUUCCAGAGUUAAAGAGAAAAGCUCAACCCCCGCCAAAUGCGCUUGAAAUGGGCACGAAUCUUAAGGUUAUUGAAUUAACUGCUGAAGUGGUUGAAAUGCGCAAGCAGUUAAAAGAGAUAAAAAGGGAUCAUCAAGUGGAAAUUGAUAGACUGAAUAUAACGGUAAACAAGUUAAAAAUUGAAUUGGGUCAACACACAUGUAUGUCCCUAAGCCCACGGUACGGAAAAAUGCCAAUUAGUUCGGACUCUGUUUCGGGUAAUAAGCCACUCUCACAGUCAAAUACGCGACCUAGAGCCAAUUCCGAGCCCGUCCAGACGUAUGCUAAUGUAAUAACAAAGAAAUCAGCUGGAAGAGAAACUGCACUUGAAACAAACAAUAACAAACCCGAGAAAAACAAUAACAAUGAAACUGGCUCAAAUACAGAGUGUUCAAAAAAUGACAAACCCAUAGGUCCCAUUUCCUCUUCAAAGUCAUCUGUUAAUGAAACCCAUAAACCUGCUCAAGUACCCAAUGACACGGUUCCCAAUGAUGAUGAAGGGUUCACGCUCGUAGAACGAGGACGGAACCGGAAAGACUCUGUUACAAGAUUUGGUGAAAGGCGACAAGUUAAUCUUCAAUCCUUAGGGCAUUUGAAACAAAGAAGCACAUCUAACGCUAAAACGCUCAACACAUCCAAAACUCGCACACUUAAAGGAAUCGCGUAUGAAAAAACUCAGACCCUAUAUUUGGAAAAUGUAGGGGUUGAAUAUGGUGACACGGAUAGUGAAAUUGAAGACCUCGUUAUGGAACACAUCAAAUCAAACAUUGGCAUAAACGUCACGAAAAUGUAUGUUGUGCGAAAUAAAUAUUCGACGAUUCGCGUAGGGAUAAAACUCAUAGUUCCCCAAUCUGCAGCCAACAAGGCGAUAGAAUCUGAUGCAUGGCCACAUCCUGUAACGUGCCGUCCGUGGGAAUAUAAACCGAGCUCACGUGGAAAACGCAUCCCUCCCCAAAUCACAUACAGGUCAAACAGAUAUCGUGACGAACAGGACCCAAGCUCAUAUGCAUAUGAUGAAGAUUACAUUAACAACGACGAUGCCUACUAUAGUGACAUACGCGACUCUACUAAAAAUUACGAGUCACGAUUACAUAAAUACUCUCUGCGAGCAACAGAGAAUAACUGUUCAUAUUAAUUUUUACAACUCAAGUCAGUUAACAUUUGUGAUGCUUUUUGUCACUUUAGUACUGUUCCUUGUAACACGGUUGUUACGGCCUAUGUUCAUGACAGGGCCAGAAACACGUAACAUUGUUAUAACGUCUUGGAAUGCAAAUGGGCUCAAUGCCUCGAGCCCAUACCUUUUUAACCUACUGUGCAAAUCUGAUAUACUAUGUUUGAGUGAACAUUGGCUCUACCCUGGUGCCUUAAAUGUAUUAAAUAAAGCCCAUCCAGAUUUCGUAUGCAUUGCUGAAAGUAGCAACUCUCUUGAUCCCU